CGGCGGCAGGGCGGUAGGAGUGGCCGCUCGCUGCACUUCAAUCCGCACAGUCCCAGGCCAGGGACCGAGUAAAGUCUCGUCGUACUUGUUGGAAGUAAGGUCUCAUCGCACUUCUUGGUUCAAAAAAGUUUUACAUCUUCCUGUGAACGCGUGCAGACCACGAGCAGACGUAGUUGAGACCAGCAGACGAUUCUCUUAUGGUGUGGGACUGGUGUUGAAAGUACAGACGAAGUGUGUGGUUCGUGUGUCCGAAGUAUACAAGUCGACUGAUAUACUGGCUGACCUGACCGGACGGGUUUGUUACGGGUAUGCUGCUAUAGUCUCAACAGGACACACGACUUCCGGUCACGCACGUGUUGUGGUUGCGAUGCUAACGUUUCUUCAAGUGGUCGACACUAAAGGGGAGCCAAGUUCCCUCCUACCUGCCCUUCUUGUAGAGAAGUGACUGAUAUUCUCGUCCAGACUAGACUACCAGAGGUCAGAAUAGCAACUUUCCCGCAGUCGUGAUCGCAGCUUACUCUACGUCUGGCCAUCAGCCUCACCUGCGCACAAGGCUCAGCUUCCCCCUCGCCUCCCGUUGACUUACCUCCCUCGGACCUGUCGCCCCUCCGUCAAGCGGUCGUCAGUCAACCUUCACCCUGCCCGCUGCUCUAGACGCUAAAGGCCACGGAGUCGGACGGGAGCAGACAGACGCUGCGUGGUCAAGAGCGAGAAGGAAAGAGAGAAAAAUCACCCCAAGGACUUAAUAAUACAUUAACUCGGUUGUCAGGGUGCACUGAGGAGUGCGGGCGCAGCACGCGGUUGGGUCCACCAUUGGCUCAGCUCGUGGUGGUCUUUGCGUCGAGCGAUCGGCGAGCGUCUAACCGAGGGAGCCACUAUAGGGCACGGCCGCCUUUUCCUCCCUUCUCGGCUGCGGUUGGAACUCACCACCUUUAAACCAACGACGGUAACAGGGUCUCCGCAAUAACACGACGAAUACCAUCACCAGAACCUGCAGCAACUGUUGAUGUGAUGGGAUUACCUCGCCGUCCUUCAUCCACUUAUUGAGUUUUGGAGUUGGCUUUGUGGGGUUUUCUUCUCUGUUCACCUCUCUCUCUUUCUCUGCAGAUCCUAACCCUUCUUCCCCGCCCCUCAUUCUCUACCCAAUCAAUACUGCAGGUCCGGCGACGUGCCUGCGAAAAACUGACCACCAUUAUUAGUUGUCAAUCGGCAAUCAGCGCAGGAGGCGACGUGCUCGAUCUUCUUGAUAAAUCGCUGGCGACGCCAGCUCCCCGGAGAGCCUCGUGCCCCUGCAGCCCUCUUCCCUGCGGCGUGUGCGACCUGUCCUGCUGUCUCCGCCCGCCCCCCAGUCAGGCCUAGACCCUAGCAUCUUGCAUGUACCAGCAAGUUUAACAGUUUGGUCGCCCGCGUGCAGUGGCAGGUUUUCGCCGUCCCCCAAAGCUGAGAGGUUUUGAGAAGGUUACUCAUUCCUCCCACCUCCCUAAUUCCUAGAGAAGAGUCGUCUGUGGAAGAUCUGACACCUUCUCCAAGUUCAGAAAUCCUGAAAGCGCAUGACCAUGGCUAGUUUCUUUCGUCGUCGUAGAGGACUCCUCAUCAAAGCUGUUAUCAUCAUCCCGGUGCUGUGGUUCCUGGCUGUGAUGGUCUUUAGUCGUGGACCUCAGUUUGGCUCGGGCGAGGACAGCGGCUUCAUGCCCAGCUUGUUCAGGGGCAACAAGGAGCCACCCCUACAACCGCCCAACUUCGCCAAUAAUAAUAACAAUCCUGUUGUUCAUGCUGUCGGGGGGAAAGAUCGUGAGGUGGACGUGAAGGAAAAAAGACAAAUCGAAGACGAUGACGAGGUUUUACGAAGGAAGGCAGAGGAGGAGGAGAGAGAACGAUUGCGCAAGCAAGAGGAGGAGAAGAAACGCUUAGAGGAGGAGCGGAGGAAAAAAGAGGAGGCGCUCAAGUUUGAGCCGGAGCAGAAGAAGGAUGUACCUGAUCCCAACGGUCCUGGCGAGAGCGGCAAGGCGGUGGUCAUCGACAAGGACAAGCUGGCGCCGGACGAGAGGAAGAAGUUUGAUGAUGGCUGGCAGAAGAACGCAUACAACCAGUACGCCAGCGACAUGAUCUCUCUCCACCGCAGUCUCCCUGACGUGCGUGACACCGAGUGCCGGGACUUGAAGUAUCGAGAGAACCUGCCGGACACCAGCGUGGUGGUGUGCUUCCACAACGAGGCUUGGUCCGUCUUGCUGCGCACUGUACACAGCAUCCUUGACCGCUCGCCGCCACAUCUCCUCAAGGAAAUCAUCAUGGUCGAUGACUUCUCCGACAUGGACCACCUGAAGGCGCCGCUGGAGGAGUAUGUCAUUAAACUGAAGAAGGUGCGCGUGGUGCGGACAAAACAGAGGGAAGGCCUCAUCCGUGCCAGGCUCCUGGGCUUCUCCGCAGCCACCGCACAGGUAGUCACCUUCCUCGACUCCCACUGCGAGUGCACAGAAGGGUGGCUGGAGCCUCUCUUAGACCGCAUUGCAGAGAACAAGUCCAACGUGGUGUGUCCGGUCAUUGAUGUUAUCGAAGACGAGACCCUCAAGUACCAGUACGGCAGCGCCAAGGCCACCAGCAUCGGCGGCUUUGACUGGAACCUGCAGUUCACCUGGCACGGCAUCCCGGAGUACGAACGGAAGCGGCGCGGCAACGAUGUCGCUCCAAUCAGGUCGCCAACCAUGGCUGGCGGAUUGUUCGCGAUAAGUCGCGAGUACUUCGAAGAGCUGGGUACCUAUGACCCGGGUAUGGACAUCUGGGGUGGCGAGAAUUUGGAGCUCUCGUUCCGGGUGUGGAUGUGCGGUGGGGUGCUGGAGAUCAUCCCAUGUUCACAUGUCGGCCACAUUUUCCGUAAGAGGAGCCCCUACAAGUGGCGGACAGGUGUGAACGUGGUCAAGAAGAACUCCAUUCGCCUGGCUGAAGUAUGGAUGGACGAAUACCGCAAUUACUACUACGAGCGCUUCAACAAUGACCUGGGAGACUAUGGAGAUGUGUCGGAGCGGAAAGCCCUGAGACAGCGACUUCACUGUAAAGACUUUCGCUGGUAUAUCAAGAAUGUCUACCCGGAUCUCUUCGUGCCCGGAGAGGCCAUCGCCUCCGGCGAGAUCCGAAGCAAGGCCAAACCCAUGUGCAUCGACAGCCCCGCCGACCACCACAACUACCACAAGCCCGUCAACAUGUGGCCUUGCCACGGCCAGGGAGGCAACCAGUAUUGGAUGUUGAGCAAAAGCGGCGAAAUUCGUCGUGACGACGGCUGCCUCGACUACAGCGGCGGAAAUGACGUCAUUAUAUACCCCUGUCAUGGACAAAAGGGCAACCAGGAGUGGAGUUACCGGGAGGAUAAUACCCUGUACCACGUAAACACGCAGAAAUGCGCCGAGGUGUCCGUGGACGGAAAGACCCUGACGAUGAAGCAGUGCACUGGCAUUGACCGUCAGCUCUGGCAGUGGAAGCGGAAGUCUCCCAGCGGCGCCAUUCCAGCUUGAGGCCACCACUUGACAGAGUUACAGAGCAGGGUUACAACAAUCAACAGUGCCUGAAAAUUACAACAAAAAAAAGUUCUAGGGUGUUCGGGGAGGGAGUUGGGAGGGUACUGUAGUAAGUUAGACUGUGGAAAAAUGGAGACGAGAGUCGCGUGACGAGGACGGAAAAAAAGCAGGGUUUGCGUGAAAGUUGGAAAUGCGAUGAAGAGAGGUUACAAACCCUGCGGUUUUUGUAUGGAAAUCUGUAGCAAUAUCUGUGAUGAAUUGUGUACAUGUGUCGCGAAGAGUGUAGAGUUUAUAUCUUAUCCCAGCCUCGACCUCCGUCUUGAGGUGUUCUGUAAUCGUUUUAAAUAACUGAUCAUGGUGAUCCUGACAAUUUUUUAGCCAGUAGGGCAAUUACCUUGAUAAUGUGGCUGCACAUUCGAAUGUCUCUUGGCUUUUGUUGUUGAACUGUCUGGACAACUAUUUGUAAAACAUGUGAGACACACAAAUGAGGGUGAGAAAGAUUUAAAGUGUGCGUGCAUGAAUGCGAGCGCUUAACGAAAGUGCUAAGAAUGUUGUUUUCAUGUGGCAGGGCCACAAAAUGAUUUGUUAGGAUUUUUGGAAGUCAGCGAGGUGCCUGCAAAUUUAUGGGCUUGAGGAAAAAAUGUGUUUGUGACUUAGGCGGUGUUUUCCCCAUCUUCACCCCAGCCUCACCCCCACCAAGGAGGUAUAUGUAAUUAUCAAAUUAUAAUAUAUGUGUAAGGAUAAUAUCACCAGUAUUACGAUUGCAAAUGCUGUUGAUCAUGUUAAGGGUUUGUCGCCUGAAUAUUUCAAAUUGACAAUAAUCAUGUGUGCAGAGUUAGUUGCAAAAUAAGUUUUAUUGGUGAAAGUGUUUUUACAAAUGCGAUGCCCUUUCCUAAAUACCUAAUAAUUUUAAAGUUUUAUUUAUGUGCGUUUAGUUCUUCGGGUCACAUUCCUAGAGCCUAAUCUUGGCUGAAAGUUUUAUUUUCUUUUGGUGGAGGAAUUUCUUUAAAGCAAACUCUUGUUGUAAGCAGGUCAAAAUCCAAGAUAAGCUUAUUCUGAUUAAGCUUCGAUUAGUUGAUUUUUAUUAUUAGGUUUUCUCGAGUUCCUACUGAAUAAGUUUUCACAGCAGCAUACAGGCUAUGCAUCCUUGCCAAGUAUUUUCAUUUUUCAUUGUGAGUGAAAUGUUUGAUGAAAACUAGUAGGCAAACUAUUUUUUUAAAGCAGUAAAGACUACAGAUUUUUUAUUAACAGCAUAUAAUAUGGCGGUGGCCUCCACUGAGUCAUGCAACUUUUUUAAAAUGUAAAAAAAAUUGUUCCCUUUAGAAUCGAUCCGCGAUUUUGAAAAGUUGAGCGGAACAGACGGUACGGUGCCAUAAUCUCUCAUAAUUGUGAAGACAAGCCCACUAUACAGUUUUGGUUUUGUUUUGUUGUUUUUGGUUAGUGUCUGUCCAAUGACUCACUAGGCGUGCAUGUUCCUGUGGUGUUAGAAUGCACAUACGCAAGUGGUCACAGCACUGGUGAUGACCGGAUGUGACUUGUGCAGACCAGUUUUCAUGCUUUCCCCGAACCUUACUACUCCAACCGUUCCCUCUAAUUCCGCCCUUCUCACCCCUCUGCCUCUGAACCCAGUGUCUGUGGUUGUGUACACCGUUUACCCGCAUCACACAAGCACGGAUAUCCGGGUGUUAGCUGUGGACGAGUGCUGUUGUAGUGUACCUCCUCUGACACAUUGCUUGAUGCAUAUCAUGAUGUAAACCUGCCUGUUUGAAUGCCGCUGGUUUGAAAGAGAAAGACCCAGCAGAAGGAGAGACCUUUCAUGUUUCAAAUUUUCACUACCGUGGCCGCUUGCGCCUUGCCCAUGACCCGGAACUGACCUUACGCCAGAGUCACGUGUGUGCAGCGCUGCACUGGCGUCACCAAACUACUUCUGCUUCUUCCCUCUGUCUCGGGCUCUGAUUAGCUCGCUUUGCAAUGGUAUCUCGCGAACAGACUGUACACGGGCCUAAGGUACUCGUGUCUGUACAGAAUCUGUUGGUACUGCAGUUUGUUUGUUGUUUGCGUCAGGUACGUCCACUGUAAAUAUUGAUGAAGCCGACGAUGACGCGAAGAUGAUAGGAAAAAAGAGUACUAAAUGUCAUGCAAUUAAAUGUCCAAUAUCCCGCUAAAUAACAGCUAAAUGUCCCUGAGUCGCAAGUUUUUGAGAAGACUAGACUAUAAAUGAAAGACAAUCUUGUUUUGUUCCCCGUCUGCUUACAUCGCGCAUCUCUGAAAAUGCCGAGCGGUAGUUUGUGUUUAUGGUUUAAAUAUCGUUCAUAGAUGCGUGUGUUUGUAAGAGGCAACAGUUUUGUUUUCUCAAGCAGUUUAAAACCAUCCCCUUUACCGCGCCUACAUGUUUUCUUCACUCUUAUUUUUCUUCCUCUUUCAGCAUCCUUCACAUAUAUUUGGCAGCUGAAAUUUAUUGAAAGGAGACAAAUCAGUUAUGUACUGAUGACAAUGUUUGAGGUACCAAAAAACUCCAUUUUGUUGGGGAGAAGGGCAUAGGUUAGAACUUUGUUUUUAAGUUUAUGGACCGACCUCGUGUGUCUGCGAGUUUACCAUUCCAGAUUCCGCUUCGUGUUCAGUCACAAGGUUUAUCUGUUGUACGGCCGGCCGCCGCAAGUCAUUCCAUAUAAGCAAAUUUAAAAGUGUUUCCUGUUCUUUGUAUGUAUUGAAGCCAUUUUUGUCGAGUGGGGAUCCUGCUACCUCUUGUUAUGUUCUCCCCACCCAACCCCUGUCUCUUAAAUCAACCCAAGUCUUAUUUUACUGCACUGUGUGGACACUGAGAGUAUUCACAUCUACAUACCAAUGUACUUACUCGUGUGUUUUUCAGAAUGAAAUGUCAUUAGACAAGUAAAAGUUUUUUGUUAAUUUUUGGUUAGAGCAUUGCUAGAAUAUUUACACAAAUUGUUGUUUUCUCUUUAUCGUUUGAAAAUUGUAUUUACUACUCUGCUGGUCACUAAUUUGUGAAACUUAAUGUCAGUUGCUGAAAUGUUGAACCUAAAAAUUGUUAGGAAUGAAGAAGUGUGGUUUGUGUGUUUGUAGGGCAGAUAACCCUGCUCUUCGGGUUUUAACUAAAGAUAGAAAUGGAUUUGUGCAGUUCAACAGUUACAUGUUUGCUUACAUGUGUUUGCCCCUCUGUGAGGCCAAACCUAUCUGUCCUCGCCCAGCUUCGAAACCUGUAUAACUUGAAUCCGCCUACCGUUGUUUUUGGGGUGGGUUUUUUUUUUUCGUCCUUUGAAGAAAAAUGUUGCAGAUUACAUUAAGUCAGCAUUCCAGGGGACUCGACGAAAAGCAACAAUACUAAACAAUACUAAACAGCGUCUGUUGCCAUGGUUUUUGAAAGAAUGUAAGGUCAGUGACCUCAUGUCUCAAGGGACAACAGUCAGCACUCUGUCAUUUCCUGGAGGCUGUUGUGAUCCGGCAGCUUGUCCCCCGUUAGACAGGAGUGCCAACAGUCCGGAAUACGUUACCGGCGCAGGGGGCAGUCGGGACAGCCUGUCAAGAAAAAACUGAAAUAGAAAAUUAAAUUACAAUUCCUUAUACAUUCCGUUAGGGGUUUCUUCUAUAUUUAUGUGUCAAACAAGAAAUUCUUCUGCGAUCGGUUGAUUCGAAUUGAGAUCAAAAGCAGUUUCAGAUGGCCCUUUGCAAGAAAGACCUUUAAUGUUAUAGGAGAACCAUCUACUGCCAAAUGAUGGAAAUAAAAAUAUAGUUUGAAGUAUUGUUGUGAACAGGUAAAUCAAAUAACAAUACCUGAGACAAGGAUUAAUAUAUCGCUGUAGACAAUGAUUUUAACUGAUCUGCAAAAAACCAGAAAAAAAAACUAGUUUCAUUAACUGCUGUGAAUCUUUCCUUCCACCAUUCCCACGAUUCCCCGCUCCAACCCUGUCCCACCCAUUGUGCUUACUUAAAACUGUAACCAAUAGUUACAACCAAACUCGUUUACUGGAAUUAUUUUGCGAAAAAAAACCCGAAAUGAUACAAUCGUAAUCAUGGAGUUUGGCCCCACCCUCCUCUCAAAGCUAACAAGAAUGAAAGAACUGUGUGAAAUUAAUUCUGAAUUGUUUCAUUAACAUAGCCAAAAUGAAAUCCAUUUCCGAUUCGCAAAGUGUAUCUCGAAACCGUUUGUCGCUGUGAUUCUCAUUGUAUGGACCGUAAAUAUGUAUGAGGCAGAGAAGUGUCUUAUCUACUGGACAUUUCACUGGAUCCUGGGUCUGUGUAAAUCACUUUCUAACUGUAAAUGUUUGCAAGAUGCAUUCCUUUGAAGGUACUAAUGGUGAAAAAAAAAUUAUCAUCCUGUAUUCUUUGUGCAGUUUGUGGCUUAAUGUAGACAAAGGUAGAUUUUUUAAUGCAACAAACGGUUCAUGCAUUCAGGAUGGAUUUACUUGUGUUGUGCUUGGUAAAUCUGUGAAAAUCAACUUUACAUCCUAAGUUAUGCUCUGGAAGGGAUUAUUGCAAACAUAGAAAUCAUCAACUCUACUGUAUCUAAAAUGUUUUCCGUAUCAAAUUUUUACCUGUAUGGCCAUCAGCUACAGAAAUGCAUCCAUUAUUGACGGGUUUGGUUUUGUUUUGUUUUGUUUUUGGGGGAGGGUUUGAGGGGAGGGCGGGGUUUGUUAUUAAAAAAAAAAUAGUGCCAUCUGCCAAAACUUGUAUUGACUUUUGCUACCCCGUUUUUUUUUCCCAGCAGAUGUGAGAUCAGACAAAAAUAUAAUCUUUUUUUUUUUAUCUAUCUCUCGUUUCCUUGUCUGUCAGUCUGUCUGCAAUGAAGACGAUAUCAAGUUUAUUCUGUGAUUGUUAGAAUAUGUUAUUGUUGAUUUUAUUUCUCUGAUAAUAUAUUGAUACAACAAGAGUUUGACACUCUAUAAUGUCUGUUGGCGCAUAUUUAAGGGAGAGUAAGAAGACUGCACAAUAUUUCAGAUACUUUAAUGGAAGUGUUGUGUAUCAUGUUGGUUUGUACCUUCGUUCUUCACGGUUUCUUGUUCGUUAUUUUUAUAAACAGCUGAUUGACGAUCCCGUUUUGAAAAAAAUAGCAAAAGGUUGGAACUGGUGUGCAAUGCGUGGUUCAGAAACCCGUUGCCACUGGCCACGAAAUCGUCAACUUGUGUAUAUUAAGAACAUUCAUGCGACACUUCACAGACUGUUUUGAUUGUUUGUGAGCUACAUACUGAGUCAUGGGGACUGGGAAAUGUAUGUUAUUGCUUAAUGAAUUCUAACAUGGCUUUUUUUGUUUAAGUUUACCACGAUGAAAAUCUUUUCUUUCACUUUUUAAAAAAUUCUUGAAUAAACAGAGUUUUCCUACAAGUAGAGCGAAAAAACGAGCAGAUGUAAUAGAAGCUUAUUGCAAGAAGAGGCCCAGUGCCUCGGAGUGAUUGUAUGCUCGUCAUCGUUGUUUAAAAACAACAGCUAAACAACGGAAUGUUUGCACUGUACUAAACUUAAAGUCCACAUGUGUGCAGGAGUUUGAUGUUAAAAUAAUUCACAUGGAUUUACACGAAAAAAAUGAACAGUGUUGUGAUGUCAUGAGUGCACAAAAUCUGUGUUGAUCCUUUUGUUUUGGUUUGUUUUUGUUGUUUGUUUUUUGUUUGUUAGGUUUUUUUGUUGUUUUUGCUUGUUUUUUUGGUUGUUGUUUGUUUGUUUGUUUGUUGUUGUUGGUUUUUUUUUUGGGGGGGAGGGCAGUAGAUGUGUGAUUUGUAUGCACGAGGUCAGAGUUUCAUUGUGUAAGUAUUUUCGGGGAUAUGGGAAGAAAGGAAAAUCGUGCAGUGAAAAAGCACACAUGGUUUGAUUGACUGUUUGUAAUGCUGACAUUUGUUUUUUUGAUUUUUGUUGUUGUUGUUUUUUUUGCUGACAAUUUCACGAUGUACAAAAGUGCACGUGCAUGUGUGUUGUGUAAAAAUAACUUUAACUUUUAUAUGAAUGCCUUUGGUUUUAAUCUGCAGAGAGCUGCAGACUGGUUCUCUCUCUCUCGCCUUCUUCACUUUUCUUUCUCCUACCCCACCCCCGAAUUUUUUUUUUUUUCCUUUUACAUUCUAUCCACCCAGCUUCCAGCUCUUAUCCAGUUUCUUAAUCGUACUCAUCUGUAGGGAUGCACUUGUUUUCGUUUUUGGGUGGGAUUGGUGGAUAUAACAAUCACAAUUAAGAAAUGCUUUUUUUUUUAUUUGGCUUGGUGUGUUACGCUACAGGUUGUAUUGGGGAUGUAUGUUGGAAAGCUCCAAACCUGUUUUUUUCUGAAUAAUUUACAUGACAAUUUUUGUUGGCUGAUGCUGUAAACAUUGAGCUACAACUGUUUUGCUCCCUGUGUGUGUCGAGAUGGCGAGCUUGAGACAUUAGUGAGUUCAUUGGAUUGAUCAAGUGCCUUCAUUCAGUACAGGAGACAUCAUUCUCAGAACGAGGUUUACCAUUACCUGACGCCAAUUGGGUUAACAUUUGCCGACUCAUGAUCAUUAAAAUGGUCUGUUAUGGA